GAUGGCGGCGGAGCGGCGGCCGGUGCCCGGCCUGGACGAGUUCGCGGGGCAGAGCUGGAGCGCCUGGCUGGAGCGGGCCGGGCCGCCCGCCGACACCGGAUCAGGGUCAGAGCUGGAGGAGAAUGGGAAGAGUGGCAGCAAGAAACUGGACACCAUGACCCUGAUUAAGGAAGACAUGGACAUCUUCGGGCACUGCCCUGCGCACGACGAGUUCUACCUGGUGGUCUGCAACCACUGCAGCCAGGUGGUGAAACCCCAGGCCUUCCAGAAGCACUGUGAACGCCGGCACGGCCCGCUCAGCAAGCUCUAUGCCCGUGCCACCGCGUGCCACGUCGCCGUGAACGGGCAGCCGGUGCCUGGCAGGACCCCCGGAGCUGCCAAAGCCCUGCAGGAGAAGCACCCUGGUGCCCGUGGGAGAGCCCAGCCCCUCCCCGAGCACACGGACAAGGAUAACAACCUCUGCUUGUUUGUGCCCGUGGUGAACCUGGAGAAGAUUCCCAGCAUUCCCAAACCGGACGGGCACGGGAUCAAGGUGCCCCCCAAAGCCGUCCCCACCAACUCCAAGGAAUCCCUGGGGAAACCCGCGGCUGCCGCGGUGCCCAAAGAGCCCCCGGUGCCCGCCGGGGUCGGGGGGGAUUCGGCCAUGCCGGAGAGCAUCCCUGCUCCGGGGGACAAGGAUGUGGGGGCCCCCAAACCGCCCCCCAGGCCCCACAGGAAGCUGGCGCGUAAGGAGUGUGACCUGAACCGGCAGUGUGGGGUGCGGAACCCCGACACCAACAAGCUCUGCACCCGCCUGCUGACCUGCAAGAUCCACUCGGUUCACCAGCGCCGGGAGGUGCAGGGUCGGGCCAAGGAUUUCGAUGUGCUGGUGGCUGAGCUCAAGGCCAGCACCCGCCGAGGGGACCCCCCGAAAGACAGGAGCCCCCCUGAGAAGGACCCACUGCACCCUGCCCUGCAGGACACCCCCUCACUGCUGCAGCCCCCCAGCACCCCUCCCUGCCAAGCCAGGCUGCCCCACUGCUUGCACCCCCCCAGGGCCCGACUUUCCUCUGCCAGUGACCCUGAGGAUGCUCUGGCCACCUCUGGGGAGGGGAGCAUGGGAGGCUUCCCCCUCCCCCUGCCCAAGGCCGGCAGCCGCGUGUCCAGCGAGGAGAGCGAGGAGGAGGGGGGCGAGGAGCCCCCCCGCACCCCAGUGCGCCCACCACGGCCUCAGGCGUUCUGCACCUUCGGGAGCCGCCUGGUGACCCCGGGCUGUUACGUGUUCGACCGACGGCUGGACCGGUUCUGCGCCGCGCUGGGCUCCAUGCUGGAGCAGCACCUCAGCGCGCACAGGUGGAGGAAGAUCCCUCCAGCCGUCGUCCCCCCUCUUCACCUCCCCGCAGCCCCCCCCAGCCCCGCUGCCCCCCUUUACGGCCCUGCAACCCCUUCCCCGCCCCUCCGGAGCCUCUCGGCGGCCGGGGGGUGCCGGGUCCCCACCAGCCUCACCUACACCGUGGGGUCCCCCCCGGCGGCGGCCGCCUGCAGCCAGCCCGAGUGCGGGGGAGGGGGCACGCAGUCCAUCACCUCUCCCCUCCCCGCCAACACCCCCUCACCCUCCUUCAGCAAACUGCCCCCCAGCAAGGCCAGCAAAUCGCCCCGGGCACGGGAGGCGCCCGGCGGGAUGGACGCGGAGCCCCGGCCCUGGCAGCCCCCCCUCACGGCCGGCAGCCCCCCCUACAAACGGACCUGUUUGGGGGACAGCGCCAAGGGCAAAAAUCAGGGCUUGGCUCCCCCCGGCAAGACGAAACUCACCCCCCCGGCUUCGCCCUCCAUCGCCAUCCUCAACGGGACCCCGCGGGUGCGCCGGCUGCCCCCCGGCCAGCCCUGCCGUGCCCCCCCCGCUGCCCUGGACCCCCAAACGCCGCCGCUGCACGGGCUGGGGGCCCCCCCCCGGGGGCUGUCCGAGGAUGAGGUGAAGAAGCGCAAGAACGCGGCCACCUAUUGCCGAGCCCUGAAGGCCAAAGCCGCGCCCCCCCUGCCCGGCCCCCCGGCCCCCCCCGGCUCCGGGAGCUCCGGCUCGGGGGGCUCCAUCCGCAGGAAGAAGCCGGGGACGCCCCUGGGAUUCGAGGAGAAGAGGAGCGCCCUGAAGUCCAAAGCCCAUUAACGGAGGGGUCACCGGGGACCCCCCCUGUGUCCUCCCCACCGGGAAACGCCAGAAAACCGAUGAAGGGGGAAAAAAACAUCCCAAGGAAACACGAA